AUGUUUUUCGCUGUGCUCUCCUCCAUCCUCCUCGGCGCGUCGGUGCCACUCAAUCACACCACGCCCGAUAACACCGCGCCCGUGCCAGCUGUCCCGUCCGAGAACGACUUCGCGUCCGAGAACACUAGCGUGGCAGCCGAGUACUUUGCGCUCGUAGACGCGGACGGCGAUGGCAUUCUGACGGCAAACGAGAACCGCCGCCUGCCUUGGCAAGAGGACGAGGCUCCCGGAGUCGGCGAACUCCAUGGGUUCCCUUCCUGGUACGAUAGCAACGACGGCAAAGUCACGCUGGCUGAGGACGACGGCCAAGGCACGCUGGCAGUGGACGGUGCUGCCGAGCUUGAGGAGGAGGUGGACGAGGAGGUGGAGGCUUCCGCCACUGAGAGCCAGCUCUUUGUCGCUUCGACCCAGGGCGACUAUGCCGACAUUCCUUCGUUUAGCGAGGAACAAGGCUGGUCGGACCCGAGCAACUAUGGCGUCAUCACCGGUGUGCGGUGCAGUGGCAAGUACUGCGACUCUAUGCAACUGAAAGCAUCACAAAUUGAGUCGACCAACUAUUCUUCGGCACUUACCACAUAUACCGAGUGGUUCUCGGAGGAAAAUAGCGGGUCCGGCAAGUGCGCACCGGACUACGUCGUGACGGCAGUGAAGUGCAAAGGCCGUUACUGCGACAGCCUCCGUUUGCGUUGCAAUAAGCUCAAAUCAGGAGGCCGGUGGACCUCCGAAGAAUACGAAACCUCAAAAUUCAGCUCCUCGAGGCGGCAAAGUGGGAUUGGGGAAUGCUACAAACCGUCGACUUCGGUGAUCGGGAUCAAAUGCUUCGGCGAUUAUUGCGGUCAGAAGAACUGGCUCGGACUGGACACCAACGCGGCUAAAUAUCUCACGUGCAUGAAGAUGUACAUUCAGGGCGGCCCAUGGCCCAAGCUCGGCACGACGAUGGCCGGCCAUAAACGUUUGCAGAACGUUGCCACGCUCCUCCUCAACGCGCGCAGUGCCAGCGUCGCUGGAAGCUACGUCGAGUGCGGCGUGUGGCGCGGCGGAAUGUCCAUCUUUGCCAAGGCGGUGAUCGAGGUUUAUCAGAUGCAGCGGCGCGUGUACCUGUGCGACUCGUUCCAGGGGCUGCCUCCACCUCGUUCAGGCAGCCUGCGACCGGAUGAGACCAUUUACGCGUCGAAGAAAUUCAACGCCUCGCUCGCCAAGGGCGAGGACACUGUGACGCGCAAUUUCUACCGGUUUGGAGUGUCUAUGGAGGGG